AUGCGCUUCGAACUGCCCUCCGCAAAAUUCUCCAACCUGUCUGACGUGCUUCGCUACGUUUGCACAGAAGACGUCGAUACACGGAAUCCUGUCGUAGCGGCGCUGGCUACAGACGCCAACGGAAGUCCCGUCGUACUCGAACUCGCCUGGCCCUCCAACGGCGGCCCACCUGCGCUGACCGAACGCUCGUCGCUCUAUGCGUUCCGACGCUGGAUUCGCUUCAACGACGACCUUGGAAAAAAAAUUUUUUGGCACUCUUCCGCCCAUGUGCUGGGCUCCGCAAUCGAGGCGCUCCACGCGGACCAAUGGGAGCACGAGUGCAGACGCGUGUCAUAUGACGUCGACCUGGCUAUCCAGGCAAUGGCGCUGAGCGAAUGGAACGUGUCAAAAAAACUACUCGCAAACAGAACGGUCCCUCUUCUCGACGAUGGACCAAGCCUGCAAGACCCGCCCGGCGGAUUCUACUACGACUUCUACAUCUAUCCGAAGCACCUGAAAGAAUCGCAGCAUGCGGCUCUCGAACAACUGGCUUCCGCCACCUCCAAACAAAACCUGCCUUUUGAAUAUCUGCAAGUAAACCGAGAAACCGCCCUAACUGUGUUUUCUUACAACCCCUUCAAACUCGCGCGCAUUCACCAGCUACCGCCCGCUAGCCCCAUCUUCCUCUGUCGAAUCGGCCGCACUCCCUUUGUGGACCUGUGCCGCGGCCCGCAUUUGCCCCACACGGGCGCAAUUUCCGAACUCAAGGUCACCAACAGCUCCGGCGCCUACUUCCGCGGAGACGCCCAAAACCCGUACCUGCAACGCCUCUACGGCAUGUCCUUCCCGACGAAGGGCCAAUACGACGACUGGAAGAGUCGGUGCGAGCAAGAGUCGAAGAAAGACCACCGAGUCAUCGGCAAGCAACAAAAGCUCUUCAUGUUCCACGAAUGCGCACCCGGGACGCCCUUCUUCAUGGCUCACGGCAUGCGCAUAUACCAAAAACUGGUCGAGGUGAUCCGCGCCGAGUGCGCGCAGCGAGGCUACACCGAAGUCCUGACACCAAUCUUGUACAACAAAAAACUGUGGGAGACGUCCGGCCACUGGGACUUCUAUCGCGAUAACAUGUACCUGCUUUCCGACGAAGACGCGAGCGAGCAGAAGGCGACUCCGAACGAAGGCGCGGGCCAAGAGUACGGCCUGAAGCCGAUGAACUGUCCGGGACACUGUCUCAUUUUCAAGAACGAUCCAAAAUCGUACCGCGAUUUGCCCAUUCGGUACGCUGAUUUUUCUAGCGUCCACCGCAAGGAGGUCAAAGGCGCGCUGAGCGGGCUGACGCGCGUGAGCUGCCUACACAUAGACGACGGACACGUGUUCUGUCGGCCCGACCAAAUCGAACAAGAGCUAGCGGACAUCCUGCAACUUGUUUUUCUUUUCAACAAGAUUUUUGGGCUGUCAACCAGAGUCAUGCUGGCGACGCGCCCUCAGGGCAGCAUAGGCAACGACGAGGAGUGGAAGACGGCAGAGAACCACUUGAUAAGGAUGCUCCGAAGCGCGGGCGUCGACUACGGCGUCAACGAAGGGGACGGCUCCUUCUACAGCCCCAAGGUCGACUUUGAGACCUACGACAACUUGAAUCGAAGACACCAAUGCUCGACCAUUCAACUGGACUUCCAGCUGCCUAAAAAGUUCGGGCUGACGUACGUGGACGCCGACGGCGAAGAAAAAACGCCAGUGCUCAUUCACAGGGCCAUCUUCGGGAGCAUCGAACGUAUGAUGGCCAUACUGACGGAGAAGUACGCCGGGAAAUGGCCGCUUUGGCUUUCACCUCGGCAAGUCGCCAUUUGCUGCGUCUCCGAAAAGCAGCUCGAGUACGCGAGACAGACCGGUCUGCACUUGUCCGGCAAAGGCUACCACGUCGAGUACUACACAGACAACACCAAAUUGGACAACAAAAUUCGAUUGGCGCAACUCGACCAGUGCAACUACAUUCUGGUGUUGGGAGACGUGGAAAAGGCCAACGGAACCGUCACCGUGAGGCAGAGAGACGGGCAGCAGCGCGGCUCGAUGACUUUAGAAGACCUCGUCAAAAUACUUGAAAGAGACGUUAAAGAGCGAAAAUAG